UUCGCUAUGCGUAUCCGGUUCAGUUCCAUAUAAAUGGAAGGAAUGACAGGUAAAUUGAAGAAAUUGACGUAAAGUUGAAUUACCGAACAAAGAAAAUCAUUGUCAGAGGAAUAUUUGAAGUAAUUAGAAUUAGAUAUAAUCUACGAUAAUCACUUUGAGCGAUAUUGUAUUUGUUCUCAAUGGCGAGCCACGAAGACUUGGUUUCGCAAUUUACAGAUGUAACUGGUGUUGAAUCUGAACGAGCACAAUUUUACCUUGAGUCAUCUGCUUGGCAGCUCGAGGUUGCUCUUGCCAGUUUUUAUGAAAAUGACGAACCUGCUGCAUUAAUUAGCGAACCUGUUGAGGAAACGGUAGACGAAGAUUAUAGAAAGGUUGCACAAAAAAUUGUGGAAAGCGUAAAACCUUCAGAAAUUGAAGGAAAACCGAAAGCAAAACCUAGGUUUACUACUUUUAGUGAUCUUAAAGAGAAAGAAAGUAGCCCUGAAAAGGAAGAAGGACAAGCAUUUUAUACUGGUGGUUCAGAACAUAGUGGACAACAAGUUUUAGGACCAGGAAAGAAGAAAGAUAUUGUUAGCGAUAUGUUUAAAUCGUGUCAAGGACAAUCAGUCGAUGUAAAACCAAAAUCAAGUGGACAACAAAGACCAAAUACCUUUAGUGGUACUGGAUACAAAUUAGGUCAAACUAAUUCUGAUACAGAAGUCGUUACUGCUACAUCUUCUAAUCAUCAGCAAUCCAACUCUGGACCUAUUACUUUAAAAUUAUGGAAGGAUGGAUUUACUAUAAAUGACUCUGAGCUUCGUUUGUACAGCGAUCCCGGAAAUAGAGAAUUUCUUGACACUAUUAAGCGAGGUGAAAUACCAACAGAAAUACGUCACGAAAUUGAAAGUAACGAAGCAUGGCUUGUUAUGGAAGACCACCGUCACGAAACAUACGUUCCGUCAAAAGUCAAAGUAAAAGCUUUUACUGGAAAAGGUCUUAUGUUAGGAAGUCCCUCUCCAGCAACAGUUGGUAUGACAAUACCAAUAGAUCUUGCAGAUCAAACUGCAAACGAAUCACAGGCAAAGAAACAAUUGAAUUUGGAUGAAUCAAAACCCAUUACAACAUUACAAAUUCGUCUUGCUGAUGGUACUAGCAUAAAAGCACAAUUUAAUUUAACACACACGAUCAACGAUUUGAGGCAAUAUAUAACUACUAUGAGACCUCAGUAUGCUAUGAGAGAAUUCAGUUUAUUAACAAUAUAUCCUACUAAGGAACUUGUUGAAAAUAAAACUAUUGAAGAAGCUGGUUUACAAAAUACAGCAAUAAUUCAACGAUUGAAAUAAACGUUUUUUCUAGAUCCUUAGUUAUGAAAGUUUGAGUGAUGUAACGAUUAGAUGAUUCUUAAAUAUAUAUUAAAAAUAUUUGAAAGUAAUA